AUGACAGUUGCAGAUGUCCGCUGAUUUCUCAGUCAUCGAAGUGAUUGUCUCAAAGGAAGUUUAUCCCUUUGCUAUUUACCUCGAUAAAAUUGUCCAAGAACCUCUCAAAUCCAUUGAAAAACAAUCAAGAGCCGUUUAAAUAGAAAAAUCUUCGUCUUCACGUGCAAAAAAAAAUGAAAUUUCAAUAUAAAGAGGAACAUCCCUUCGAGAAACGAAAGGCCGAGGGCGAGAAAAUUCGACGAAAAUAUCCGGACAGAGUCCCAGUAAUUGUUGAGAAAGCACCAAAGGCCAAGAUCAGUGACUUGGACAAGCAGAAGUACCUGGUCCCCUCUGAUCUAACGGUAGGUCAGUUCUACUUUUUGAUUCGUAAGCGCAUACAUCUGCGUCCUGAGGAUGCACUCUUCUUUUUCGUAAACAACAUCAUUCCACCCACAAGUGCCACUAUGGGCUCUCUCUACCAGGAACACCACGAGGAGGAUUGCUUCCUCUAUAUAGCAUACAGCGACGAGAACGUGUAUGGACACUAGAUCGUCCGCAUUUUCCACCAUGACGCACCAUAUCCCCACGAGAAAAUAAAUCAGACGAAUAAUUUCACAGUCUAGAGUCUGAAAAUUUCCAGAAAUGAGUGAUAAAACUCGAAAUCCAUUUUAGAUAAUGAAAAAAAGAAUAACUAUCCGAAAAAUAAUGAUUUAUCAUGAAAAAUUACUAUUUCGAUUCCAAAAUCUAGUCUAUUUAAUCACUCUCUCAAGAUUGCUCUCCUGUCACUCAUUAAAUUCUAUUGAAAAGUAUUUUGCUUGGAGCUGAUGUCAAGUAUGCAAUGAGUGAAAUAAAAUUGACAGAUGAUUUCCACGGGAUGGUGGAAGAGAAACGGCUAGAAUUUCAUUAGAAAAUAUCAAUGCAUUCGUCGCAGGGAUGAAGCAGUGUAAAAAAAAUAAUUGAAAAACAAUUUUAAAAACGAUAAAAUUCAUAAAAUCGGCGUGAUAAUUUUUAUUUCACUAUUAGGCUAAUGUUGCUCUUGUAUUUUCAAUAAGUAUAAUGUUAUCUUUUAGUUUAUAAAAAAUGGCGCUCGCUUGAUUGAUAUGUCAAUUAAAUUUAUCGUUUAAAUUUCUCAACAGAAAUAUUUACAGCUCUAAUUAAUCUUUUUAAUUUAAUGGAAUGGUGAUAAAACGUAAAUUAUGUGGUGAAAAUCGAGUUAUAAUCAUUGUAUUAAUUCAGUGGAAAUUUGAUUGCGAUGGAAAGUGAUUAAUCGAUGGAAACGCCAAUAAAACGACAAAAAAACGACAAAAAAAUGUUAAAUAGGA